AUGCUCGGCCUUCAAUCUUUGUCGUCUUUGCCGCUAGAUGAAGUCGGCCGUCUUGAUGUGGUUGUCUGUGCUGGGACGGCCCUCGCGCUGGUUGCCCUCUACGUCCGGAAUAAAAACAGCUUCCCUUAUCCCCCCGGGCCUAAAGGACUCCCUGUCAUUGGGAAUGUCCUUGACGUUCCUCCAAAGCGUCAAUGGAUUCAGUACGCCCAGUGGUCACGCGAGCUCGACUCUCCUAUCAUCCGCUUGAACAUGCUAGGGACGACUAUGAUCAUUCUAAAUGAUCUCGAGACCACCACCGAGUUCUUUGAGAGACGUGGUCUGAUAUACUCGAACCGCCCGCGAAUGCCCAUGCUCAACGAAGCCUGUGGUUUCGGGUGGAACUUCGGUUUCUGCGAGGACAUCGAGCAGUGGAAAGUCUGCCGUAAGGAGUUCGACACUCGCUUUCGCCAGAUCACUUCACGACAGUACAGGGAACAUGAAGUCGCCAUGACCCAUGUUCUUCUCGGAAAGCUUCUGAACUCGCCCGAAAGGUUCAUGCAGCAUCUUCGCUACAUGACUGGGUCUCUCAUUCUCGAUAUUGCGUAUGGCAUCAAGGUGAAGCCGGAGAACGACGAAUACAUCGAAAUUGCGGAGAAGGGCCAGGAAGGGAUGGAGGCAUCCGGAGACCCGAACAUCAUCGAUAUCCUUCCCUGGGUUCAACAUGUACCUAGCUGGCUGCCGGGAAUGCGAUGGAAGAAAAAAGUCGACGUCUGGAAGAGCUGGAGUUUCAAGAUGCGCGACACCCCAUACGAGUGGGUCAAAGCACAGCUCGAAAAAGGACUGGCGAAGCCCUCCAUUACCACUGAUCUCAUCGCGAAGUUCGAAAAUCAGUUCACCGAUGCGCGUCGAGAGUACCUGAUCAAAAGCACUGCUGCCACAGCCUACUCCGCUGGCUCUGAUACUACGGUCUCUGCGUUCAACACUCUUUUCCUCGUCCUUACACUAUUCCCGGAAGUCCAAAAACGCGCUCACGCAGAAAUCGACCGCGUUGUCGGAUCUGAACGUCUGCCUGAGUUCGCUGACGAGGACAAGCUUCCGUACAUCACGGCUAUCAUCAAGGAGAUCUUGCGCUGGGCUGCGUUCGUUCCGUUCGCUGUGCCACACAUGGCCACUCAGACUGACGUUUAUAAGGGGUAUAUUAUCCCCAAGAAUGCUCUCGUCAUUGGCAAUUCAUGGGCCAUUCUUCACGACCCGGUCGUAUACCCCGAUCCGGAGUCAUUCAACCCAUCUCGCUUCCUCACAUCUGAUGGCCUGAAGAUCAAUCCCGACGUUCAGGACCCAGAAGUUGCCUUCGGUUACGGUCGUCGUAUCUGCCCUGGUCGCUUCAUGGCGUUGGACUCAAUGUGGAUCUCGACUGCCUGCAUUCUCGCCAUGUUCAACAUCGGCAGGGCUGUAGGAAACAAUGGAAAGGUCAUUCCCUUACCCGAAGAACUCUUCAAUUCAGGUCUGGUGACGCAUCCUACACCCUUCAAGUGCUCCAUUACCCCUCGUUCAGAAAAUGCCGCGCGUUUGAUUCAGGCUUUGGGUGAAGUGCACUGAUCACUCAGUCGUGUCCUGUCUUCUCGUUCGACUGUUUCUUUGUCCUCAGUAUCUG